UCUGAUGUGAUAAGCUUCAUUUCUCAUUGACUUCUUGGUAAACAAGUAUGGAUGGCUUUUGGGUGAAAGAAAUCUUUCAGAGAAAACUGGAACAAAUGUUGACUUUUCUGAGGACGAGACAAGAAAAAACAGAGAAAGGAGUCGAUCUGGAUCAAGAAACCUUCAGCUGUUCCAUCUGUCUGGAUCUGCUGAAGGAUCCGGUGACUAUUCCCUGUGGACACAGCUACUGCAUGAAGUGUAUUCAAGGAUUCUGGUAUGGAGAGGAGAAUAUCCACAGCUGUCCUCAAUGUAGGAAGACCUUCACACGGAGACCUGUUCUGGAGAAAAGCAUCAUGUUCGCAAAUAUAAUGGAGCAGCUGAAGAAGACUGGAGUCCAAGCUGCUCCUGCUGAUCACUGCUAUGCUGGACCUGAAGAUGUGUCCUGUGAUGUCUGCUCUGGAAGAAAACUGAAAGCCAUCAAGUCCUGUUUGAUCUGUCUGGCCUCUUACUGUGAGAAACACCUUCAACCUCAUUUGGAUGAAGCUGCAUUCAAGAAACACAAGCUGGUGGAACCCUCCAAGAACCUGCAGGAGAACAUCUGCUCCAUUCAUGAUGAGGUGAUGAAGAUGUUCUGUCGUACUGAUCAGAAGUGUAUCUGUUAUCUCUGCUCUGUGGAUGAACAUAGAGGACACGACACAGUCUCAGCUGCAGCAGAAAGGACUGAGAGGCAGAGAGAUCUGGAGGAGAGUCAACAACAAAUCCAGUAGAGAAUCCAGGACAGAGAGAAAGAGGUGAAGCUGCUUCAACAGGAGGUGGAGGCCAUCAAUCACUCUGCUGAUCAAACAGUGAAGGACAGUGAGAAGAUCUUCACUCAGAUGAUCCGUCUCAUCCAGAAAAGAAGCUGUGAUGUGAAGCAGCAGAUCAGAUCCCAGCAGCAAACUGAAGUGAGUCGAGUCAAAGAUCUUCAGGAGGAGCUGGAGCAGGAGAUCACUGAGCUGAAGAGGAGAGAUGCUGAGCUGAAGCAGCUCUCACUCACAGAGGAUCACAACUAUUUUGUAAGAAAAUACUCCUCGUAUGGAUGUCUCAAUAAAUCUGACAACUGUCUUCCAGUGCAAUCUGCUCAACUUCAGCAUUUUAAUGGAGGGCAAAGUGCUGUCCCUCAGGCAAGAAAUAAACUCCAGGAAAUUCUGGAUGAAGAAUUUAAGGAAAUCUGCCAGACAGUUACUCAUGUGGAUCUUUUUGUGUUUCAAGAGCCAAAGACUAGAGCCGACUUCUUGCAAUAUUCACAACAAAUCACUCUGGAUCCAAACACAGCUAACAGCUACAUCUUGCUGUCAGAGGACAACAGAAAAGCAACUUGCAUGGCAGAGAGGCAGUGUUAUUCCAGUCACCCAGAGAGGCUCUCUGUCAAGUUUCAGGUUCUGAGCAGAGAGAGUCUGUCUGGACACUGUUAUUGGGAGGUGAAGAAAGGAUUCGGAGGGAUUUCCGUGGUGCUUUUGUACAAGAACCAAAACACAUUCAAAAAAAGUUUCGGAGAAAAUAAAACUUCUUGGGCUUUAAGUAUUUUCAAGCGCGGCUUUGUAUACGAGCACAAUAACAUUGCCUAUUCCAUUAGAGCUCCUGCUUCCUCCAGAGUAGGAGUGUACCUGGAUCACAGAGCAGGUGUUCUGUCCUUCUACAGCAUCUCUGAAAGAAUGACUCUCCUCCACAGAGUCCAGACCACAUUCACUCAGCCGCUCCAUGUUGGACUGAAGCUUUUUGGUCCACAGCAGAGCACAGCUGAGUUUGUCAAACUUGACUAGAAAAUACUAUUCUCAAUAAACAGAGGGGGAAUAGAGUUCAUUUCCUAACCCGGUCAAUGCCAUGGGGCUGUUUUAUUGUUUAAGCUUCAGCACAACUUAUAUCCAAUUGCCUUAAUAUAAUUUCUGUUCAUCUGCUGCAAGAAUCUGUUUUCCCUCAAGAGGUCACUGUUUACCAAUGAAUUUCUUGAUUUAUCUUUUGUAUUUUUAUUUUUUUUUUAGCAUAUUACAUUAUUUAGCAACUAUAAAAGAAGUGUGACAUUUUGUUUGUAUAUGUGUUAAUGUACUAAAAGAAGCUAUGGUUUGAAUUAUAAAAACAAGACAUUCAUAUUUCUGUGGUUUCCUUUCCUUAUAUUUACUAUGAAAAGUAUCAACUUUAAAACUUUAAAAACUUUAAAAAAUCUUUUUUUAUUUAAAAUGCAAUUGCUGUUAAAUGUACACCUUUUGAGAAGUUGCUUUAAAAUAAUAAUUUGUAAAUAACUCCACAUACCACAGACGUUGUAUUUUAAAGCUAAAAAACUGAAUUACCUGUGAAAAUGUUUAACAAAACGCUAUUAAAAAAAUAUUUUCAUGUGUCU